AUGAGCAUGGACCAAGUCAGCAAUUUACUCGGGAAAUAUCUGUUACAAGGAUGGACGAUGCUCCAAGCAUCGUGCCAUGUCCACCCGACAGUACCUUUAAUGCGAGAAAGAGGUGGUAAAAAGUGUAUAUGCGUGUUAUGCAAUGACAGAUACUACAUUGAAGACGGAGAAAGUUUGUUAAUGUACAUCACUAAAAAAGAGGAAAAGGGUGAAGCGAAGGAACAAGAGGAAGAAAAGAAGCAGAAGCCGCUUGAAAGUGAUGACGUUAAAGAGACGUCUUCUGAAGAGGAAGAGAACAAAAGGAUAUUUGAGUGUAUUCAAAGUAAGUUUGCGGGUGUGAAACAACAGCCAAACAAAUUGAUUGAGGAAAAAGAAGUGCAACAAAAUGAAGAAAAUACAUCUUCAAAGGCAACACAAAAGACUAAUCAAUGCAAACAACACCAAAUUAAUACUCAAGUCACAUCAGUGUUGAAUUUAAAGAUCAAAGAGGUAUUAGAACAACUCAAAAAUACUCCAGCGACAAAGCCUAAGAAGAUCAGAAAGCUCGCAGAUGCACUUGCAAGCCUCCAAAAGUGCUUGGAAAUGAAUUGA